GCGGCGCGCACUCAGCCUGGCGGGAGGCACCAUGUCCCCGGGGAGCGGGGUGAAGAGCGAGUACAUGAAGCGCUACCGGGAGCCGCGCUGGGACGAGUACGGGCCGUGCUACCGCGAGCUGCUGCACUACCGCCUGGGCCGCCGGCUGCUGGAGCAGGCGCACGCGCCCUGGCUCUGGGACGACUGGGGCCCGGCCGGAGCCUCGGACGACUCGGCGUCAUCGGCGUCGUCCGGCGCCGGGGGCCCCGCGCCCCAGUGCGCCCCCGCCUCGCCGCCCGCGGAGCCCGCGGCGCCGGAGGGGCCGGAACGGCGGGCGCGCGGGCCGGCGGAGGAGCGGGGCGCCGAGGCGGCGGAGGCCGAGGAGGCCCGGGACGCGGAGAGCGUGGAGGAGGCGGCCGCUGCGGCUCUGCCAGCACUGCCAGUGAAAGAUACAAAAGAAAAACCUGAACAACAGAUCAGAACAAAAGAGACUGACAAGUUACCUAGCAGUACUGAACCUCGACAGCAACAAAGUGCCUUAUUUGCUAGAGGAAAUAGGAAAGCAGUCAAAAGUCCUCAAAGAUCAUCAAGUAAAAUAAAAGAGAACAAGCAUCCGUUUGCCCUUUAUGGGUGGGGAGAAAAACAGACGGAUACGGGAAGCCAAAAAACUCACAACGUCUGUGCUUCUGCUCCGGUGCAUGAGAUUCAUGAAUCAGCAUUACGAGCCAAGAACAGAAGGCAGGUGGAAAAAAGGAAACUGAUGGCUCAGAGGCAGCGUGCUCACUCCGUAGAGGUGGAGAAGAACAGAAGGAUAAAGCCUUCCCCCUCCGAGAACCCGUGGAUGACAGAAUAUAUGAGAUGCUACUCAGCACGAGCCUAAAGGCGGAAACGGUUGCUGGGACAGCCUCUUCGAAAAAGUGUAAAUGAAAGAAAGAAGAAACAGAACAAAAGAAAAACCAUCUAAAGACAACAGACACAGGUUUAAGAAACCAGUGGAGGACGCAAGGUUUUUCGUGGGGAAUUUCCUAAAGACUGCUAUUUCGAUAGAUCCUGGUCACCUACCUCAGCUGUAGGGCGACAGUUGAA